AUGGAAGAGAAAUAUCCCGGCAAUUGCCUGCCAAUCGGCGCUGAUGACGACGAGUACAAAGAGAAAAUGGCGGAUGUCACGGCUGCCACAUUGUGCAGGUUGAACAGCAUAAUGAAGCAGAUGAGGAAUUGGCGUGACGAUCGCGUGAAACUGAGGUCCAAUAUCUGGAGACUAAAGUUGGCUUUGAGGGUCGCUGGACGGGAAACGGACGACACUCUGCACGCUGACCCGUUGAUCGAACAUCAGAGAGCGGAGAUCAAGCAACUGAGGGCAGAAAAUCAGGCGCUGAAAAAGGAGAUAGCUGACAUUAAAACGCUCGUGAUCGAAGAGGGCCACAUCGCGCCUAACAACGCUUGGGAAUCGGACAAGCAGGAUUUCUUCACGGAGAAGGAACGCCUGAACAACGAGAUUCUCUACUUGGGAAGUCGGUUGAAAGAGAUCGAAGAAGGGGACGAGCAUAGCUCGGAAAUUGAACGUUUAAAGUGUAAAUUGAAACACUUUAUGAUGGUCGACCACACCAUGGAGAUUAUAUUCACCGACAUAGUGAACAAAGUUGCCGAGACGAUGGCGAAUUUAUCCGAGGAACUCGUAAACGUUAGCAAACAGUUGUACGCGUCCAGAUCGACCAAUGACAAUUUGUACCAGAAGAUCGACAAGUUGAACGCGAUGCUGCGAUCGAAGAAUGGCAACGUCGUGGAUUAUAGAGGGAGGAUCGUCGAAUUGGACAAUUUAACGAAACAAUUAAAGUCUGAGCUGCGCACGUUCAAAGUUAAUUUACGAGACAAACUUUUGGACAAGAAUUCAGAUUAUAAUGUAAAAAAUGCUGAACGACUGGUGAACGACUUGAGGAUCAAGCUGAGAAACGAUCACGAGGCUAUGCUUGCCGCUGGAGAUCCUGAUUGUUUAAGUUACAUAAAAAGGAUCAUCGAGCUGCGCCUAACUUUGAAACAACUGCACGUUGAACUGUCAAAGUCCACAGUUUCCGUUUCUUCCAUGGAUUUCGAAAACACGGCAGAGUACGACGAGUACGUAAAUCAGAUUUCCAUUUUGGAAUUUACGUUGAAGGAGAUCGACAUCGAGAUUUAUAAAUUAAAGGAUGAUCGUGUAACGAGACAUUCCAAGUUUGGCAGGGUCAAAGGUAAGAAGUAUCUGAACAAAAUAGAGGAGCUCCAAACGAUCGUCGAGAAGACGAGGAUAACGAUGAGAGGAUCGAACGAAGGAAAGGGCAUUAAAAGAUUGGAAGAUUUUGUUGAUAAAAUAUGUCGCGGAAUCAAACAGUUGGAAGUGAUCGUCGUGUCUGACGAUAGUUUGAGUUGGUUCGCCAGAAUUGACCAGCUGGAGGAAUCGAUCGUUCGAUUGAAAGUGGAAUCGAGCGAGAAAGACGAACGAGCGAACGUUUGGAAGCAGAAAUUACAGGACGCGGAAACGUUGCACAAACAGAGGGCCAAAGAACUGAGAGAUGCACGAAGAAAAGUCGACGCGAUGACGGAAGAGAAUAAAACGUUGAAGGGGCGAACGGACAAAAUGGAAGAAAAGAUGUCGGAGCUUCAACGCGAACACGAAAGUACCAAGAGAGAGGUGGAACAACUGCGUCACGUUAAAAAUGAAGCGAAUCUAACGAGGAAAAAAUUGCAAAAUCUUCAGGCGGAUAAAGAAGGGUUGUUGAAGGAAACGGGAAGAUUGCGAGACACUUUGCAGAAAAGAAACGAUGAAAUUAAGCUCGCGAUUACCGAGAAGGACUCCAUGGAAAAGACGUUGAACGCGAAAAUUAUGGAUAUAGGAAGAAAUCUUCAGGUUGCUUCCAAGGAAAAAAUAAAGCUGUUGAGUAAACUAAAUAAUCUCGAACGGCCAAGAGAAUCGCUCGAAGACAACGAUGCUCGGCUACAGCAACUGAAAGCAGAUUUAGAAACGUCGAGGAAGAGCUUGAAUAACGCAAACUGUGAAAUCAUCGAUCUGAAAGCCAAAUUGGAUCAUUUCACCGAUGACAAAGCUAGAAUGGAGGCGAGCAUUUCUCGCUUGGAAUCGAAAAAAGAGAUGCUUCUGUAUCAGCUGGGCGUUGAGAAAACUACCGCCGAGGAGAAAUUAAAAGAACUGACGAGAUUAGCGUCGGACAACGACAAGUUGAACGACGAAAGGGUCAAUCUGGAGAACAAGAUGGAACAGUUGAGAAUGGAAUUAACGGAUUCGAGGACGGAAAAAGAAUUGUUGAAGAACGCUUUGGAAAACGCGAACGCCAAAUAUUUGAAGCUACAGGACGAAGUUAACGAAUAUAAGUUCGAACGCAAUGUUCUACGGGAAGAGAUUAGAAAGUUUGAAAUAAACACGAAAGAUCUGACGGCCAAGUUGAAAGACACGCGAAUGCAGUUGGAUGGGGCCGGGGAUAAAAUAAGAGUUCUGGAAUCUGAAAAUUCCAAGUAUCAUUGCAGUUUGGAUGCCUUGGCUUUGGAGAAUGCCGGCUUCGAGGACCGCGUGCAGGCGCUUCUGGCGGAGAAGAACGACCUCGUGACGCGUAUUAACGAGCUCGACCGGGAGAACGUCACGACGAAGGAUCAGCUGAAUAAAGUUAAGAAGGAGAACGAAUAUUCUGUCAUCGAACUGAAUAAAUUGCGGGUGGAGUACGACAAAGCGAGAACGGAGAACGCGUCUUUGCUCGACGCCCUCGAUGGGACGAAGAAAAUGAACGAGCAGCUAGAAAAAUCGACGGGAGAGCUGAAAACGAAGCUGAACGAGAUCCACAGCGAGUACAGGGUUCUUGAGAAUCAACUGAAAAUUUUCGAGACGACGAAUUCUGCGCUAGAGAAGGAAAAGCAAAUGUUGUAUCGCGAGUAUGUGGCCAGUCUGCAAUCCGGGAUACCGAAAGCGGAGAAAGAAAGAGCCGCGAUAGUCGACGAAAUUAUUUUGAACGAGCACGGCGAUCAAAUGUUCGGAAACCCGAAAUUCGAGAAACGCGUCGGCGACAAAUUGAAGACGAGGAACGCGAGGGACGAGCUGAAGAAGCUGGUAGUGGAGAACGAAGCUUUGAAAUUCGAGCUGGCCAAUUUGAGGAAUCAGAACGUUGAAAUGAAAAUGAAGUUGAUACGCGCGAAGGAGGAGUUUCUGAGACAAAAGAUGGAGCACGCGCAGAACGAGAGGAACGAGACUGCGAUUAUGCCUAUCAUGAAUCUUUAUUACAAAGAGAUUAACAGCUACGCGGGUCAAUAUCCCAGCAACGCCGUAGGCGUGUUAGCGUGCAUCGACCAAAGAAACGUACAUUACUGUGGAUCAUCGGCGGAAACGAAAGUGGAGACGGAAAUAGAGAAACUGUUGGAAAUCAUGAACAAGCUGAAAAUUGAAAAUGUCGCCUUGAAGAUGGAAUUGAAUACUCUUAGAUGCAACUACGUUGCUAGUUUCGCGGAAAACGAGACAAGAAGGAACGAGCAUUGGAGCGCGUUGGAAGAAAUACGAGCUUUGAAAACGGAAUUGACGAAACUGAGGGAUGAAAAGGAGUCGUUAAGAGUGCGACUGGACAUAGCUGGAACUAAAUUAAAUCAACUGGAGUCUGAAAAAGCCGCUUUAAAGGACGAGCUUUAUACCUUGAGAAAAAUAAAUUCCAACCUUGAACGCACUGCGAACGAUCUAUGAUGAGAUUAUCAAACGCUGAGGAAAAGAAACGUGAGUUCCAAAAGCUGCAUAAUGGAGACCGAGAAGAAGUAUACGAUGAGUCCCGGUAACCCGAAUAACAUUGACGAUGAACUGAAAGAUAUUUUGAAGAAACUCAUUUCGAACAAUGAAUUUCUGCAUUCGACGAAUGAACCAGUCAGAAAUUUUAAAGAAGUUUUUGUAAAUCCUGUUACAACAUAA